CAUCCAAGCAUUUCAUUUUUCUCUGCAUGAUAAAUACAGUUCUUUCUCAGCACUGAAACCCUUAUAUAGUUUUUGUUACAUUAAACCGAGUUUGAUCACCCUUUCGAGUGUUUUUCGCUGUAAUACCAGAUAUGGGGGCAGUAGCAGACAGUCAACAUCCUUGGGCAUUUGCAUUUGGCAUCCUAGGUAAUCUAAUUUCCUUCAUGGUUUACUUAGCCCCAGUGCCAACGUUUUACCGGAUUUACAGAAAGAGAUCGACUGAGGGUUUCCAAUCGGUGCCGUAUCUGGUAGCACUGUUUAGUGCCACGCUUUGGCUCUACUAUGCCAUGCUGAAGCAAAAUGCUGUGCUUCUGAUCACAAUCAACACCCUCGGAAGUGUAAUAGAGACUCUGUACAUCGCCAUGUAUAUUGUUUAUGCAACAAAGGCUUCAAGGAAAUUCACUAUCAAGUUACUAGGGUUUAUGAACUUCGGACUCUUCUCCUUGAUCCUUGUCGUUUUACACUAUGCAUUUCAUAGUCAAUACCGUGCCCCGGUUCUCGGAUGGAUCAACGUUGCCAUUUCCGUUUGUGUUUUUGCAGCGCCCUUGAGUAUUGUGGCGCAGGUGAUCCGCACAAAAAGUGUUGAAUUUAUGCCAUUCAGCUUAUCAUUCUUCCUUACUUUGAGUGCCGUGAUGUGGUUUGCCUAUGGACUGUUCCUCAAGGACAUUUGCAUAGCACUUCCAAACGUGUUAGGUUUUGUCUUGGGUCUCCUUCAGAUGCUGCUCUACGCCAUAUACAGAAACCGCAAGCAGGUCAUAGUUGAUCCGGAGAAGAAGCUUCCGGCAUCCGAGCAUGUGAAAAACAUAGUGAUUCUGAGCACUAUCGCAACAUCCGAAGUUCAUCCAGUGGAUGCUAAGCCGUGCGAUGGCAAUGACGUCGAAGACGUGGACGGCAAAGAUGAAAAUAAGGAUGUUGAUGGUGAUGAACAUGAGAAGUGAGUGGUGGUGGUGGUGGAUGUCGAUGCAUCGGAUGAGCUUCAACUGAAAUCUGAAGAACCAUGUGCAGUGUGAGGUUCAACCACUGAGUGUAACUGUUACGACAUGUCAGACUUGAUUUCUAGCGCGAGAGUAGCUUCUUCUGGCUUCAAGUAUCUCGAUCUGCUCCUUGUUUUUGUGCUACAGCUAUAAGUAAGAGUGGAAAAAGAAAGCUACAGCUAUGGUGAUUUCGCUUGUAUAAUCAUUAACUUAGUAUUUUUGUAUGCAUUUUGCGUUUGUCUUUUUCGUUUCAUGUAGAACCAUUAUGUGUCCAAGUGUUAACAAAGAUAGAUUAUAUCAAUUUGGGUCCCUGCAUUA